UGCGCCGCCCGCUGAGGCGCGAGGAGAGCCGGCACGUGACCGCGGCCGUUAGGGGGCGGUUGAGGGCGGUUGGUGCUGAGGGGGCGCUGAGGGUCCUUGGGGGAGGGUGGGCUCCGUCCUCCCUUCAGCCCGUCAGAGAGGCCUCUGUGACCCGCAGGGUCCCCGAGGAAGGAGCGGCCACUGCUCAGAGUCAGCUGCUGGUGUGUCGGAAGCGAGGAGUAAGUCCUGCUGUGGUGAUUUGCGGCUAUCUGCCAAUUUGCGUUGAGGGAAGAGGAUGGCGCACGCGCUCCCGCUUCCAAUUCCCUGCCCUGUGCAGCUUGGGACGACAAGAGGGGACUCCCCCGAGGCUCAGAUGCAUGAGUGUGUCAGACAGGGGAACUGCGUCAAGGUGAAGAAGCUUCUGAAAAAAGGCACCUUUGUUGAUGCUGUGAAUUCCAUGGGCCAGACACCUCUCUUCACUGCUGCGUUGUUAGGUCUUGGUAAAAUAGUGGAUGUGCUGUUGGAUUAUGGCUCCGACCCUAAUCAUCGCUGUUAUGAUGGAAGCACCCCGGUCCAUGCAGGCGCAUUCUCAGGAAAUCAGUGGAUUCUUAGCAAGUUACUGGAUGAAGGAGGUGAUCUGAGAGUACACGAUAAAGAUGGAAAAAAUCCACAGUGCUGGGCUAUGUCAGCUGAAAAAGAAAGCAGUGCUCAGAUGCUGGAAUUUAUACAGCGCUGUACAUUCCACAUGCAGGCUGCCAUUCAGAAUUUUCCCUGUGAUCAACUCAGGAAGGUUUGCUCCUCAAAAGCACUGGUUUGUAGUCCAUCUAGGUUUGGUGGCCUUGUUCAAGGAAAUGUUGACAGUCCUUUGGGUAGAUUUCUGAAAGGUGGAGCUAAUGCAGGCAGGAACAUUUACAGCUUUGGUUUUGGGAAGUUCUAUCUUGCAGGCAGCAGGCAUCUAGGGUACUUGGCAUCUCUCCCUAUUAUUGGGGAAAGAGAAGUGGUUCAGGCAGAUGAUGAACCGACAUUUUCUUACCAUGUUGGACCGUGCAUGAUCAUGACAAACUUAAUGUGGGGAAGCAGCAGAGUUACAGUGAAGGAACUCAGCUUUGAGCCCCAUCAGAACUGCAGUAAGCUGCGCUUAGCUGAUCUUCUCAUUGCAGAGCAGGAGCACAGUAGUAAACUUCGUCAUCCGCAUUUGCUGCAGUUGAUGUCUGUUUGUCUGUCUAGUGAUUUGGAGAAGAUCCGUUUAGUAUACGAAAGGGUAAACUUUGGCUCUUUGUACAGCAUCCUUCAUGAAAGGCGUACAGAAUUUCCAGUGCUGCGCAUGGAGACAAUUUUGCAUGUACUGCUUCAAAUUAAUGAUGCUUUGCGUUUUCUACACUCCCGGGGGUUUAUCCAUCGUUCGAUUACAUCCCAUGCUAUACAGAUCGUUUCUUCUGGAGAGGCAAAGCUAUGCAACAUGGAAUACAUGAUAGAGAGCAAAGAUGGUGGAGAACACAGUGAUCUGACUCGUAUUCCUGUCCCAGUCCAGCUAUUUAAAUGGUGCUCACCUGAAGUAAUCCUUGAAAAAGCUGUCACAGUGAAAUCGGACAUUUACAGUUUCUGUACAGUGAUGCAGGAGGCCUUGACAGAGACCCUGCCCUGGAAAGGUGUUGAAGACUCAGUUAUUAAACAACUCAUAAUGUCAGGACAGCACUUAGAAGCGGAUGUCAGACUUCCUAUACCUUAUUAUGGUAUAGUAAAGUCAGGGCUAGAACCUAAACAGAAGAACCGCUCCAUGAACCUUCAGGAUAUUCAGUAUAUACUGAAAAAUGACUUAAAGGACUUGACUAAGUCUCAGACUGGGCACACUGAUGAAAUGUCAAAAGUGCAAAGGCCUGCUGUUUUCGCAGAUAUAAACAUCUGCUUGGCAUCAGCUUUUAGCUACCAGAAGAGAACACUGGGACUGCAUGAAGAAGAGGUAACAGAGGCUGACAGCUCUCCUGCCCCAAGAUACUCUCUUAUUCCUGAGGAGAAUAAUGCUUUAGUAGACUAUGAGGCAUCGAGCAAUCUACAGCCAGUUGCACAGGAAAAAAAUCAUGACAUAGAUUCUGAAGUCCAGGCGACCUGCAGUGUCAGUGAUGUGGAUGACAGCCUCUGUAGCUUUGAAAUGAAUGAAAUCUUUGCCAGUUACCCAGAAUCUCAAGAAGACUUCCUGGAAGAAGGAGCUGGAGUAGGUCAGACUCUAAAGGAUAAAGAAAAGCAGCAAAAGGUAAAAGAUAAGCCUGCCCUCAGAGACCUCUUUGUGUCCCCUGGAGCGUCAUGUGAGGAAAAGCCAGCUUCUGAGGAAGGUAGCUUUUCAGACUCAGUCACAGAGGAUACUACAGAAGAGGAGGAAGGAGCAAGUGAGGUCUCUGACCUGUGCCUGCUGGCACAGGUGAGAGGAGAUGCUGGGAGAAGAAUGAGUGGUCCGUCCCCAGAUGAGCAGCACAUCAGUAAAUGUGUCCUUAAUUUAAAGAUCAUUCAGAGCAUGUUGCAGCAGGCAGCAGAUUCCCUGUGCAGAACAGAGUUAAAACUGGACAAAUUCAUUGCCAAUGAAAGACAAAAUAAGCUGCUCCAGGAAAUGGGAAUGUAUCAGGUUUCUAAGCAAACUUUUAAUGACAGACAUUGGAACAGAUCUGAUGAUAUCUACGAAAAUACCAAUAACCCUUUUUCUGGAGCUAAUAUUUUUUUAUGGAAAGCCAUAGGUCCACCCUCAAGUGACUAUAUUCCACCUCUGGUAACACGUGAGGCACGAGGAGGUUUGGGUGGAAAUGGUUUCCAGGCUUUUUCAAAGGCAGCAGAGGAAAUGCAGGCAGCUCAGAAUGAAAAGUGGAAGAGCUUUCAUCAGAUGCGUAAGAGUAAAAAUGAAAACAACCAGCAUGAUCUCAGCUUCAGUGGGGUGAAAAGCCUGGAUAACCAAGAGGGCCUAGACCGUGAGCAUUUACUCCCACGUGUAUCUGUAAGAUGCAAAAAUAAGUUCAACUUGCAGUGUCAGAGAGGGAGUGAUUCACAUUCUGCAGCAAGUGGAAGUGAAGAAGAGAGGUGGUGCUAUCCAAAAUCAGCUUCUGAAAUUUACAGCACAAAAAUAAGUGAGGAGAGAAGGAUGAGGCAACCAGAGUGGAGAAAUGAAGUAAAGCAAAUGGCCAAAAGAGUGGCCUCAGGACAACUGGAACUGAUUUCUACAAAUCCAACCAGUGAAUGUACAUCUGAAAGUGAAACGGAGAGUAUAGAGGAAGCCUUUCAACAUGUCGCCAUUAGGGUCCAAAAAAGUCGAGACCAACAGAGAGAGAGAUGGCGUGCAGGUGACAACGUUGAGCCUUGGGAUGUGGGUUGUGAGGAUAGAUCUGCAUCUGAGGAGAGUGAUUUGGAGUCUAUGUUCAUAAGUUCUGGGGGGAGAAGUUGCCAGUCACCAUCACAAUAUGAACAAGCAGGAUCUGGAAUAACUAUUCCUAAGAGUUCAGUCAUUCCUCAACAAGCUGAGAUUCUCUCUAGAGGGCAUUCGAGAGAAUUACCUUGUUCUCAUACUUCAUCUGCUGACAUGUCUGAAGAAUUCUUGACUCCAGAUUAUUUCCUUCCUCCUACUGCUCAGGGAAAUACAGAUCUAGAGACCUCAAAUCUUGGGGACAAAUUAGAAGACCGUUGUGAUGGCCUUUUACAGAGAAGGAAAUCUGAAGAUGCAGGAUCAGGUAUUCAGGUCUCAGGAGGAAAAAUAUUAUUCUGCAGCACAGCAGCACAGAACUCUGGCAAUAACACACUAGGAGUGAAUCAGCUUAGCCAUAUGCCUGUAGCCAGUGGUGAAGCAGCCCAAGAAUUGAUAUCAAGAGAGCCGCAGGAAGACUCCAAAGAAAAAGAUAUAUCAGUGACAGAUAUUCAGGAUUUGUCAAGUAUUCCCUGUGAGGAGGAGAACUACUACAAGAAUAUAAAUUGUAAAACACCCAGAGUGAGUCAUGCACCCACAAGUGUCAGCACUCCACUCAGAUCAGAGGAAGAAAAGCCAGUAGCCUUUAAGAAAUACCAACAUGGCCAUGAAGUAGCUUUGGAUUCUUCCUCUUUAAGUUGUCAAGAGGUGUCUGCAGUGUCCAGGACAUUCACUACAGCCUAUGAAGAAAGAAGGAGCACUGAAAAUACCUCUACUCCUGUAGAAGUUCGCUCAUCUGGAUUGAAUGAGCCUGAUGGAUUGUCAGCAGUUGCUUCAUCCUUGAGAAGCACCAGGAAGGCAUCUGCACUGUCACAGGCACCUAACCACUUCAUUGAUGAUCUCCCUCCACCAGCCCAAGAGCUGCUGGAUGAAAUUGAGUACUUAAAGCAGCAAGAUUCUAUCACUCAAGACUUUGAAGAGAAGGGAUUAUUUGACUGUGGAAUGCAAAUAAAUGUUGCUGGUCAAAUUAAAAUGGAAGACAGAGACACAAAAAAAGAAAUUGACCAAAAUGAGAAGAGAGAUCAUAGUGUAUUGACUAAGGAGGCAUUUAAUUUAGCAGAGGAAACAGAAAGGGCUCACUCCACUCUUGACGACGUUUUAGAAAGAAUUCUCCAUGCUGUUCCUGCAGAUGAGGAAAUCCAAGAACAACCUCAGGGACAUGCCCUUGGGGCUGCAAGCCUGAAAGAUCCAGAAGAUCUUGGAAGGAAGAAAGGAGUAGAGGAAGGCGGAGCUGAAGCUGGAAGCAGCGAACCAGAAGGCUGUGCAGGGAGUUCAGAAGAUGCACACCCUGAAGAUCAGAAAUUCCACUUACGGAAACGGCUGUCUUUGCCUUCUCCAUUUAGGAUAAUUGUUUUGGAUCAGAGCAGCUGUCCUACAUGAUUAGAAUGGACAGUGGAAAAAAAUGUAAUAUCUCAAAUGUUUACUGCAGCUGGUACAAUAUACAGCACAUGAACUGCAACCUUAUCUGGCCAAAAAGACUGAAUGCUCACUCUUCCUUUAGCUGCAGCAGCAAGUACUGAAAAAAAUCUUAAUGCUUUACUUUGUAAUGCAGCUGAUACUGUUUUUAUAUGAAGAUUAUAUCAGUAAUGCUGCAGAACUGAUCUGUUUUUGGAAUAUAACACCACUUAGUAAGCUGGCUAUGUGUUUCCUUCUCGUUCUCUGUAUAUGCAUGCUUUCCUAAGCAAAAGAAUUUGUUGUAUUAUGCAGUUUUCAGUGUUACAGACAAAAUGAUUGUGAUUCUGUGGGCUGUUUUCACUGCUCAGGCUCUCAUUUAAUUUUUCCAUGCUGAAGUGUGGAGUGCUGUGCUACAGCCCAUGUGGUGUAUGUUUUUCCUUGCUCAUUAAAUUUAACAAGGGUAAUUUCUUGUUUUCUCUUAGUGCUUUUGUGAUCUAGAGUUGAACUGAUUUGACUGAUUAAGGGGAUUAAUUGCUGUGCAGAAAGUUAAUGAGAAAAAGAUAGUGUUCUUUCAGAGGUUGCAACUGCACCAAUACGUUCCCUGUCAGUAUUAGACAAGAAUAUGCAAAGCUAUUUCUGGUUAGCAUUACAUGUUGUUUAAUUAAACUACAGUUUUGGUAGGCCUCAUCCAAAAAAAAAAAAAAAAA